AUGGUCAACAUCGACACGAUUCACACGGCGCCGGCCCGUCACUACCGCUCGCUCCGCCCGAUUCAAUGUGCCGGAAUAGACGUUAGAACGUGGUUUCUGCUCUACUCAAUCGUCAAAGUUCUGACCGAUUUGCCACUUUUCUACACGCUUUUCCAUGAGCGAAUCCAAUUGAAGACCCUUUUUCUCGUCGUGCUCGUCUUCGCCGACAUUUUCCUCAUUUCGACCGCCUUGGAUAACGGAGUGAUCAAAUUGGCAAUUGUCGAAGUGUUUUCGGUAGGAUUUUUUAAAGUAAUUUCUUUCAUAAUGAUAAUUUUUACAGAAUUUCAUCGCCACGUACUAUACGUGCGGCUUCUUUAUCAUUCUUUUCGGUCUCAUGUUUUUCCCUAUGCAACUCAACGAAAUUCCGCUUCUCUGGCGACAAUUGGAAGAUUUGUAUCCGAUUUUCACCGCCUUCCGCGUCGAACAGCCGACAUUUCUGGAGGAUAUGGUUGAUUAUUGGGUCUCGGCCGGCAUUUUCUGCAUUAUCUACGCUGCUUGUAAGUUGUAUGGCCAAUUUCAGCUUAAAAUCACUGUUUUCUUUCAGCCGCUUCGAUCCGCGGUUUUCUGGCCAGCAAAUCCCGUCUCCAAGUGAUUUCCGAGCGACAAGAUGUGACCGAACUGCAAGCGCUCACCGUGACCGUCUAA